CUUCCUAUACCUCUUACCGCAUUGCAAUCUUCUAACGGUUAAUCGACUUCGACGACUUUUUCUGACCAAUCGAUCUAAAUCUUUGCACGUCGCGCCAUCUAGCGGAUUAUUUCUAACAGAAUCAACAUGUCUACUACUACUGUACAGUCUUUUACCACUAACAUAACCUAUCAAAGAUAAUUUUAAAUGAUGAAUUAAAAAUCCAAGUAUUUUAUAUUAAAUUGAAUUAUUGUCAUUUCUCUCUUAAAAUGGCAUUUUUAAUGAAACGAUUAAAAGUCGGAGAAUUGAUGAAACUAUCUGUUAGAUAUAAACAUGGUCCAAAUCAUUGGUCUGUGCUUCGGAAAAAAAAGCAAAGUAUAGACAAAGCAUUGGAAUAUUUUGAUGACUUUUAUGCCAAAGUGUAUGGAAAAGCAUGGGAAAAUAUAAGAACUGCAUUGUUACAAGAAGAAACUAAAUAUAUAGCAGUGGUUAAUAACUACAGUGAUGUUGACAAAAUACAAACAACUUUGGAGAAUUGUGGAGCGAUAAAUUUAAAAUCAAUAUAUGACGUAUUUCUGGAAAAUCAAGAAGUGAUUAAAAAAAAAUCUACCAAGAAAAAGAAUUCAAAGCAAACUACUAAGUCAACUAAUAGGAUAGAUAAUUUGAUAUCAGAAAAUCAAAAAGUAGAAUUACAAUCUCUUUAUCCAACUGAUUAUGAACCACCACCUGAUUUGUUGACUUCUACAGAGUCAAAUGAUAUAACUGACAAUAUUGAUAAACCAUUAGAACCAGCACAAUUAAAAUCUAUUGCCGAUGAUUCUAAUGAAAUUAAUAUUGACUACAGUCGUAUCGUUCUUCCCACCGAUAGCACAACAGGACUUUAUGAAUUUAUACCGGUAACAAAAUUAAAAGGUUUGGAAGAUUAUGUCUUAGAAUCUGAACAUUAUGAAUAUUAUCGGAAUGCAAAUGAUUUUGAAAUAACUGUGGAAAAAGAGGACACUUUGUCUUUUCCAAAACAUCUUAAAUGUUACACAUUUGAAGAGUUUAGUACAGAAAGAUUUCCAGCUCCCAAAAAAGGAUCCACCGGUGUAUUAGAUUAUUAUCUCUUUGAUGGAGCUUCGAUACUUCCUGUUUUGGCUCUUGAUUUACAAUUAGGUGAUCAUGUAUUAGAUAUGUGUGCAGCACCUGGAGGCAAAACUCUAACAAUUUUACAGACACUUAUGCCCAAUUUAGUGGUAGCCAAUGAUUUAUCAAUGUCUAGAGUUAGAAGAAUAAAGCAAAUAGUAAACCAAUACUUAAUAAAUAUAGGAGAAAUUACAGAAAGAUUAAUUAUAUCUGAACAAGAUGCUCGUAGAAUUGAAGAUGAAAACAUCUAUAAUAAGAUACUUGUCGAUGUUCCAUGUACAACGGAUAGACAUGUAUUACAUGAAAAUGAUAACAAUGUUUUUAAACCUUCAAGAAUCAAAGAAAGAUUAAAAAUGCCAGAAAUUCAAGCAGAAAUUUUAUACAACGCGUUGAAAUUAGUUACUGUUGGUGGUACCGUUGUAUAUUCAACCUGUUCUCUUAGUCCUAUACAAAAUGAUGGCGUUGUACAAAUGGCAUUAAAACGAAUAUGGGAAGAAAGUAACACUGUUAUAGUUGUAAAAGACAUGACAAAAGCUUUAAAUCCAUUUCAAACAUUAUUUAAUUUUGGAAAUUUUGGUUUGAAAUAUGGACAUAUUGCUAUACCCACUAUCGGUUAUAAUUGGGGUCCUAUGUAUUUUUGUAAAAUGGUUAAAACGAGAUCAUAAUGAUAAUAAAAAAUAGUUAGAAGUAA